AUGGAUGCAGUCGGCGAGACAAAACGUUCCGAAACGGCCGUCUCCAUUUUUAACCUCCAGCCCAGCCAUAUAUACCAUAUAUGUGUAAUCGCAAUCAGCUCGGCCAAUUUCCAGACCUGCAGCUCUGUUCUCCAUAUCCGCACCGGUCCAGGACCAUUCCCUCCCGAACAAACUCAUGAGAACCGUGGACCUCCUCUUAUCCAGGCCUACGUGCCCAAGGCUGCCGCAAUUGUCUCUCCCUCUGCGCCCGUUAUGUCAAGAGAACAAAGUGGGGGCACAGCGCAAGCCAAACGUUCUGGUGGAGGAAGAAGAUCGAUUGGAUCAACCUCCGUUCAAGACAGCGGCGUUCCGCAAAUACUAGACGAUGGAGAGGCUGCAGGAGGCGAGUUUGAAGGUUCAUUAAAGCAGCUAGCUGAACGGCUGAAAAUCCUACAGCAAGAAAACGAGUCUUUGGAUAAGCAGCUAUCUCAAGAAGAAAAGGAAUACGAGCAGCUUCUGCGUGAACUAGAAGACCAGAGAAAUGACUUAAAGCAGCGAGUCAAAGAGAAAGAUGAUGCUACCGGUGAUCUGCGGAAACACAUCAAUAAACUAGAAAGCAUCAACCGGACCGUUCAGAAUGAAAAGAGCAAACGGGAAAAGCUCCUGCAGCAGAAAGAAGCUGAGAGGAAGAAGCGAAGAGAAGACAUCGUUAGAUGGAACGAGAGAGAAAUCGAGAUCAAGGAUGAACUCGCCAACCUGGAGAAGGAGAAAACCCGCAUUGGCGAAGAGUCCACUACCAAAUUAGAAGAAUACCGGCGCAAGAUUACAGAGGAGCAAGGAGAAAUGAAACAAAUCGACGAAGAUAUCAAGGUCACGGGCAGCCGUAUCAAGGCCCUGGAGGAGGAGAGACGGCGUCCCGAAGGAGAAGAUAAUGAGGAAGGCAGAGAGUUGGAACGAGUAGAGAGGGAACCCGAACAUUUCUGGGAUGGAAAAAUGGCUGGCCUCCGUUCCCAGUAUACGCCUCUCAUGAACGUACACACUCAAGCCCUACCGCAGUACUAUGAAGCUCAAGACAGGCUGCAGUGGACAAACGCUCAAUGGGGCAAUGCCCCAGGGCCAUUUGGCCCAAUCGCUACUCCCGACCUAAGCCUUAACAGAAGGACAAGCAGCCGUAGGCGUAAUCGCCAUCGGAGCUCCCUUACUAGCAAUAUGUCGUCGCCUGUCAGCUUUCCCUUGGUUGAUACAGCGUUCUCGAACCCAAACUAUGGUCAGGUUGGAACCAACUCGCCGACUUUCACAUCCGGCCCUGCUUUUUUCAACAUUAAUAAUGGGAUGACCAUCCCAGAUCCGACAGACGAAACUAGCCCGGUCCGUACUGAUAUUGAAAACCCACCUAUGAGCCCCCGUGCCGAUGCAUUACUACCGUCUGAUCUUCUGGGGGACGAAGAACAGAGUAUUGGUGAAGAUUCCGAAAUCACUCCUUUUCCUACUUCGAUUCCUACAGUCCCUACUUCGGUGGCUCCCACCGCCCCUUUUGAAGGACUCCUGCCCAACUCACCUUCACCGCUCUCAUCUGGCAGCGAUCCCACAAGUAUCUUUGCAAGUCCCCACGGCAGUUUAAAUAAUCUUCAUGACACUGAUCGCAAUACAGCUCAAACCACCGUACCCGGGGCAUCUAAACCCCCUCCUAGUGGAGCUCAGAGCGCAUCCCGGAGGCUAUCGGGACUGUUUGGUUUUAAUCGCCAGAGGGGCAAGACCAUGGCUGAUGGACCUCCGUUGCUUGGGAGCCUCAAGACUGGCCAGAGUCAGUCAUUUCCGAGAAACCUGGACGAUGAGUUUGACCCCAUGGGUACGAGACGCCGUCGUUUGAGCUAUACCACAAACUGGGCAAAUCCAAUGACUACGCUCUUCCCACGUAAUAAUGCAUCUCAUCUCACAGGCGACAGCUCGUCUGACCGACUACCUGCUGGAAGACGGGCAAUGUUCCCUAGCUUUUUCACCUCCGGGAGACAUGGAUCUGGUGUUUCCCCUAACCACAACCAGCCUUCACUUAAUUCCCCAGAUGCAAGCAAAGGUUAUAAUCAAUUCAGUCCUCGCCAUGAUCCUAUUGAUCCUUCUAUUCUUGGAACUGUUCGACGAAAUUCCCUAUCUCCCCGCCCGUCAUCAACAUACUCGUUUGAAAACGCCCUUCCACUACCGACCAUGGAGAAUCAGCCGUUUGGAUGGCCCUCCUCCGACAAAACUGGCAGCUCCGGACAUGAUUGGAUAUCUCCGAAUGCAUGGUCACGGAACCAGUCUCGCCGCCCCUCAAUACAAGUAGGUUCAACAGGCCAUCUACCCCUCGGUCUACCUACUGAAUUAGAGUACGAUGAAGCUCCAUUUGAGCCCCAGAGGCCAAUCCAGGCUCCCAUCGGAACUCGACCUCCAUCAUCCCACCGCCCCGUUACCCCAAAACUAAACCCUGCCGCACCUUCCUUCACAACAUUUUUUGGGAAGAGACUAGAUAGGCCAAAGUCAAAGGAUUCAGAGCCUCCGAAGUCCCGUGAGGGUGAAUCCACGCAUGAGGAAUUGUCACCACCCGCCUCUCGACGCUCCAAGGACGCUCGAUCCAUUGGAACAGCCACCACCGAGUCUCACGAAUCUUUAGAACAAGUCCCCUCUGCUACUCCGUCUGAGUCAGUCAGCACGAAGGAGUCAUUUAUUCAGAAACUGACCCGCAAAGGAAGCUCGAGCAAGUUUAACAUGCCCUGGAAGGAUCGGGCCAGCCUCUUCUCUAAGAAAGGAGACUCAUCCGGACAAGGUGAAGCUGAUGGUGAUGGCACGAGUGAGAUGCAGCUUGGUAAAAGUAACGAGAGUGCUAUAUCACUUGGUGAUAAAUCUGGAGAGAAAUCUAGCAAAGGAAGCCUCGGGUUUGGAUUCAGGCGGAAGUCAAAGAAGACGGAUAAAGCGCCGAGUGAAUCCAGUGGGAUAGCAAGCGAAACGGGGGAUGAGUCAGUAUCUGAAGAUACAUGA